AUGGUCAAGUCAUAUCCAAGAUAUAUCCAAGAUACAGUCUUUGGUGUGAUUUCCUCCAAAUCGAAUAUAAUAUAUAACAGAAAGGCCAACAGUGUUUACGCAUCGGCAUUGGACUCGAUUAUUGAGUGGAAUUACAAGACGCAAACGCAAAUUUCGACCAUUACCGAUAGAGUCACACCUGGGGCGUUAAACUCAUCUUCGUUGCUUCCACCGGCAGAGAUCACGAGGUUAGCAUACUCUUCAUUUGCUAAUUUAUUAGCAAUUGGUCUUUCAAACGGUGAUAUAAAAGUAUGGGAUUUAUCUACAGACUCCCUAAUAAUCAAAUUCCAAGGCCAUAAAUCUGCAAUAUCAUGCUUGGAGUUUGAUACCAAUGGCACGCAGCUAAUUAGCGGCUCCAAUGACACUACUAUUAUCAUCUGGGAUUUAAUUUCUGAAGCAGGAUUGAUCAAGUUUAAAGGUCACAAGAAUAUGAUUACAUCAAUUCAUUAUUAUAAUGACAACUAUUUAAUUUCCACUUCCAAGGAUGGUUUGCUAAAGAUUUGGGAUUUGAAGGUUAACCAAUGUAUUGAAACACAUCUAGCACACAACGGUGAGUCUUGGUCAAUGUGUAAGUUCACCUAUAAUGAUAAAGAAUUUUUGUUGACUACUGGCUUGAAUGGCGAGUGCAAAAUUUGGUCUUUGAAUAUGGAUUUGGACGAUGGCAACAAAUUGAAAGAAUUUGGUGUUUUUGAGAAGCAAAGCAAGAACAGGGUUGCCGAUGUCAAGUUUGACGAGCAUAACCAAUUACUCAUUCUAGCAAAUGCAGAUAAAAUGGUAGAAGUUUUCCGAUUAAGAUCCGUGCAGGAAAUAAAAAAGGCUACUGCAAAGAGAACAAAAAGAUUAUCCGAAAAGGGUAUGUCGGAAGAGGAGAUUCAACAAUCAUUGGAAAACUCCAAGAUCCAGAUGUUAAUAUGCCCAUUUACUAUUAUUUUUACAGAAUCUAAAAUCAACAACAUUUGCCUACUUAAUAGUAACUCUAAGGAGGUCAAUCUAGUUGUCAAUAAUUCAAACAAUACACUUAAUUACUGGACCAUUCACCUUCCUGAAAACGUCAAAAAACACAACAACAUCAAUGACAAAAUAUCUGUUUUGAAAUAUUCUGUCGAUAGACCCGGACACAGAAGUGAUAUCAGGUCUGUUGACAUCAAUGAUGACGACACUUUACUUUAUACAGGCUCGAACAAUCAAAUCAAGAUUUGGAAUUUGAAAACACUGAACUGUAUCAGAUCCAUCGAAAGGAUUGGUAAUGUUUUAUGUGGAAAAUUUCUCCCAGGAGGUUCACUUUUAGUUGUGGGUCUAAAAAACGGUGAUCUGAAGUUGAUUGAUUUGUCUACCUCUGAAGUUAUUCAUCACAUUGAAAGCGCACAUGACGAUUCUAUUUGGGCCAUAGAAAUAACCAGUGAUGGUAAAACCAUUCUCACAGGUUCUUCUGACAAAACGGUAAAAUAUUGGGAAAUUAAAGUCAACACUUUAGAAAAUCAGUUGAACCUUUCUCAUGUAAAAUCGUUAGAAGUAAAUGAAAGCAUACUAGCAUUGAAAAUUUCUGCCGAUUCUAAAUACCUGGCUGUUUCAUUGAUGGAUAAUACAGUUAAGGUUUUCUUCUUUGAUACCCUCAAAUUCUAUUUGAGUUUAUAUGGUCAUAAAUUACCUGUAUUAUCUAUUGAUAUAUCCUUUGACUCCAAAGUGUUGAUUACAUGUUCUGCCGAUAAAAAUGUUAGAAUCUGGGGUUUGGACUUUGGUGACUGUCACAAAUCCAUCUUUGCCCACGAUGAUUCUAUUAUGAAUAUCAAAUUUUUCCCACAGUCACACAAUUUCUUAACCUGUUCGAAGGACAAAUUCAUCAAAUAUUGGGAUGGUGACAAAUUUGACCAAGUGCAAAAAUUUGCCGCUCAUUUAGGUGAAGUUUGGGGCCUAGCUAUAAACUCAGAUGGUGAAUUCUUUGUUAGUAUUUCUCAUGAUUCCAGUAUUAGAAUCUGGAAGCAAGACAAUGAUGAAGUUUUCAUUCAAGAAGAAAGAGAAAAGGAGAUGGAUGAGUUGUACGAAAAUGAAUUGUUAACUUCACUAGAGGGUGAUGAUAUAACACCAAGAAAGACAGGUGAAGAUGAAGACGAAGAAAUGAAUGAUGCGGAGGCAGUUAGAUCAAAAACGAUGGAAAACUUAAAAUCCAGUGAAAAAUUGAUUGAAGCUUUAGAUAUGAUGGACGAUGAAGAGAAUGCAUUAUUGAAAGCAAUGAACACAACACCAAGCCAGAAUUUAUUUGAUACAUUGAGUAAGAUCAAACCAAACCAACUGGAAGAUAGCUUGUUGGUUCUGCCAUUCAGUUACUCUGUAAAGUUGCUUAGUGCCAUCAACGAAUGGACCAAGGAUAAUGGUUUAUUACAAAAAAAUAGUGCAAGAUUGAAUGUUAUCUCUCGUACACUAUUUUUCAUUGUUCGUAGUAAUCAUUUGGAAUUAAUUUCUCAGAAAGACGAGGUCUUCAAAAACAAAAUGAUCACUCUAAAAACGCAACUGAGGUCAACUAUUAAGGAAACUACCAACGACAUAGGAUUCAAUGUUCAGGGCCUCAGAUUCUUGCAGAAUAAGUGGUCUCAAGACCAUAGCCACAUUUAUGCAGAUGAUGAUGAAGCUGCAGAGGCUACCUCCGAUAAGGUUAGAAAGAGAGUUUACACUACCCUUGCAUAG